CGCCGCCGCCGCCGCCGCGCGAACAUGGAGCCCCCGGACACCCGCGCCGGGGCGCGCAGGGCCCCGCGGCUACUGUGGCUCGUGCUCCUGCUGGCGGCGCACCCAGGUGUCCGGGCCGAGAUGCAUGUGUCUGUGCCCCCUCUGGUGGAGGUGAUGCGGGGAGAGCGGGUCACCCUGAGCUGCACCCCCUUGAAGAAGCCUGACCACUUUGUGCUGGAGUGGUUCCUGAUGGAACGCUCUGGGGCCCGUCGCCGCCUGGCCUCAGCUGAGCAGCAGGGCUCCGAGCUGCAUGGCACAGUGCAUGACCUUUGGGGCCGCAGUCCCCCUUACCAGCUGGACCCCCAGGGGAGCUUGGUGCUGACUGAGGCCCAGGUGGGCGAUGAGCGGGACUACGUGUGCGUGGUGACAGCUGGGGCUGCGGGCACCGCUGAGGCCACCUCAAGGCUCCGGGUAUUUGCCCAACCAGAGGCCACCGAGGUGCUCCCCAAUGAAGGGACGUUGUCUGUGAUGGACCAAGCCCCACAGAUCGCCACCUGCAGCAGCCGGAAUGGGAACCCAGCCCCACAGAUCACCUGGUACCGGAAUGGGCGGCUCUUGGAGGUGCCCAUGGAGAUGAAUGAAGAGGGCUACAUGACCAUCCGCACAGUCCGGGAGGCCUCAGGCCUGCUGUCCCUCUCCAGCACCCUCUAUCUGCGGGUCCGCAAGGCUGACCGCAACGCCAGCUUCCACUGUGCCGCCCAGUACAGCCUGCCUGGGGACCGCCACGGCCGCCUGGACAGCCCUGCCUUCAACCUCACUGUGCACUAUCCCACGGAACACGUGCGCCUCUGGGUGGGCAGCCCCUCCACCCCAGAGGGCUGGGUGCGCGAGGGUGACGCUGUUCAGCUGCUCUGUGAGGGUGAUGGCAGCCCCAAUCCGGAGUACAUGUUUUUCCGCCUGCAGAACACGCAGGAAGAAGUGCUGAGCACAAACUUGGAGGGGAAGCUGACCCUGGAGGGUGUGAACCGGAGCCAGAGCGGGACCUAUGGCUGCCGAGUGGAAGACUUUGAUGCUGCAGAGGACGUGCUGCUCAGCCAGACGCUGGGGCUGAAAGUGGCCUACCUGGACCCUCUGGAGCUCAGCACCGGGAAGGAGCUCUCUGUGUUUCUGAACAGCAGCACUGCGGCCGUGACCUGCUCUGCGCAGGCCCAGCCUGAACCUGCCCUGCGGUGGACCAAGGACUCUGUCCCUCUGGAGGACGGACCCACGCUAUUGCUCGGCCCCUUCACCUUCGAUUCCGCCGGCACCUAUGUGUGUGAGGCCUCUGUGCCCAGUGUCCCCCUCCUGAGCCGCACCCAGAGCUUCAGGCUGGUGGUCCAAGGGUCACCAGAGUUAAAGGCAAAGGAGCUGGAUCCCAGGGUUGAGGGCAGCUGGACGGAAGGAGACGAGGUUGAGCUCAUCUGCUCUGCCCGAGGCUACCCAGAGCCCAUACUCACCUGGAGCCAGCCAGGUGCCCAGCUGGCAGAGCCGGCCCACAGUGGACAGGGCUGGGCAAGCAGCUCACUGACCCUGCGAGUGACCAGCUCUCUGGGCCGAGAGGGUGUCUCCUGUGAGGCCUCCAACUCCCACGGGCGCCUCCGCCAUGUCUUCCACUUUGGCACUGUGGCCCCCCAGACCGCCCAAGCUGGAGUGGCUGUCAUGGCAGUGGCCAUCAGUGUGGGCAUCCUGCUGCUUGUGGUUGCUGCCUUCUACUGCAUGCGUCGGAAGGGACGCUCAGCCUGCUGCCGCCACAGAGAGAAGGGGACCCCGCCUGGGGAGUCAGAGCUGAGCCGCCCAGGAUCCGAGCGGCCAGAGCAGACAGGCCUUCUCGUGGGAGGGCCCGGGGGAGCCCGCAGUGGCAGUGGGGCUUUCAGAGAUGAGUGCUGAGCCUGAGAUAUCCUGGAGGCUCCAGUACCAAUGGACCAUGUGAGCUGUGGGCACCAGCCCUGGGCCACCACCCUCCUCCUCCAGCCUGGCGUACCCGGCUCUGUCCCUCCCUUCCUUCCUCUGGCUGCUGGGCAGGGACCUACCGCCUGGCCUGGCCUCUAGGAGGGGAGCUGGGAAGCUGGGGGGCUGGGAGGGGGCCUUCUUUCAAGGGAGUGUCACUCUCCCAGGCCCCAGAAUAGCUCCUGGACCCAAGCCCAGGGCCGGCCUGGGAUGAGGCCGGAGGGUCGCUGGCCGGGGCUAUUUUUACCUCCUCCCCCGCGCGGGUCCCCCCACCUGAGUUCUGCUACACAGUCUGACACUGGACCCCUGCCCACCCUCGCCCCCAGCCCUUGUAUGUGGACACUGGAUUCUGGAAUAAAUGCUGUCUGUCACUUC